AUACAAAUAUUGAUUAAUUCACCAACAAAGAUGAGAAAUCACACAGGAACAACAGCAUUCAUCCUCCAGGGACUGACAGAUGACCCAAAGUUGCAGAUUUUUAUUUUUAUAUUUCUGUUUUUCAACUACUUGUUAAGUAUAACUGGAAACCUGACCAUUAUCACACUCACCUUGAUGGGUCCCCACCUGAAAACUCCCAUGUAUUUUUUUCUCAGAAACUUCUCCUUCUUAGAAGUCUCACUCACAUCUUCCUGCAUUCCCAGAUACCUCUACAGCAUGUCAACUGGAGAUAAAACAAUCUCUUAUAAUGCCUGUGUCACACAAGUAUUUUUUGUCAUCUUUCUUGGGGCAGCAGAGUUCUUCCUCCUGGCUACCAUGUCCUAUGAUCGCUAUGUGGCCAUCUGCAAACCUCUGCAUUACACAACAAUCAUGAACAACAAAGUCUGUAACCAGCUCCUGGUGAGUUCUUGGCUGGCUGGGCUGAUGAUCAUCCUCCCACCACUGAUCAUGGGUCUUGAUUUGGAAUUCUGUGACUCCAAUGUUGUUGACCAUUUUUACUGUGAUACAUUUCCUCUGUUAGAGAUUUCAUGCACAGACACACAGUUGAUAGAGGGAGUGGGUUUAAUCGAUGCAAUAUUGACACUCAUCAUCACCUUACUCUUAGUGGUUUUGUCUUAUGCCUCCAUUGUCAGGACUAUUCUGAAAUUCCCCUCUGCCCAGCAAAGGAAAAAGGCCUUUUCCACUUGCUCCUCGCACAUGAUUGUUGUCUCCAUCUCUUAUGGCAGCUGCAUCUUCAUGUACAUCAAACCUUCUGGAAAAGAAGGGGUGGCUUUGAACAAGGUGGUGUCAAUUUUCAUGUCCUCUGUUGACCCAGUGAUGAACCCUUUUAUUUACACCCUGAGGAACAGACAAGUUAAACAUGCCUUUAAGAACACAGUCAAAAAGAUUGCAAAUUUCACAAAGCAGUGA